AUGUACUGGCCGGACUUGGGAAGUACAUGGGAAGAAACUCGCGGCACGUCCCGUUGCGACGAUCGAAGUAAUGGGCAGGAACGACAAUUAUUAGCAUCUGGUCAUAAUCAAAUGUCCAACAAUCAUCUACGAGAAUCCCUUCGAGACACAAUGUUGUACUACUCAAUAAGGAAACGCGGGAUUCAUUUCGCUUGCAGAAACAUACGAGAACCAGCUCAGCUCUGCUUAACUAUCGUAAUAUUGUGGAUCACAUUUGAGAAGGUUUGA